AUGAAGCUGCUUUUCAAUGCUGGGCUGUGGCUUACGAAGAGGCAGAGGGACGCUGCUAUCAAGUUCCUGGGCGGUGCUUUGCAAAAGUACGAAGCCUGCGCACAGUUUGCCUUUGACACGGAUCUCUGCACGUGGAAGAUCCAACCUAAAUUUCACUUGGCUGGCGAGGUGUUAUAUGCUUUCCGCGUCAACAAGUUGAAUCGGCAGGCAACCAUAAACCCGGUGUCAUACGCAACCCAGUUAGAUGAAGACUUCGUGGGGCGUGUGAGUACCAUUUCGAGAUAUGUAGCGUCGCGGACGUUGCAUGAGCGCACGAUCCGAAAGUACUUGUUGGCCUUGAAAUCCAUGUGGGAGUCGGAGUGA